AUGAAUUCACCCUUCCCAAAAUCCUCCUCCUCCCCCGGGAAGGGGCGCAUUGUGGUGCGCCUAGGGCCGGACGGCUCUACGUCCCGCCUCGAGACAUGCACGUACCAGUACCCACUCAAGCUCAUUACGCCGAUGCGCCCGUCCCAGACCAAGAGCGCUCUGGUUUUUUUACUUUCUUACGGAGGCGGUCUAGUUGCGGGCGACACGGUUAAUCUGUCUAUUGACAUCCAGCCGGGCGCGCGGCUCAGCGUCGUCACCCAGGGCCACACCAAGAUCUUCAAAUCUCCUACUCCUGACGUCGUCACGCGGCAGACGUUGACAGCCGAGAUUGCGUCCAGCGCGGCACUAUGCUUGUUACCUGACCCCGUUCAGCCUUUCGAGGGGAGUGUCUAUGAGCAGCUGCAAGUGUUCAAGGUUGCCCGUGGGGGGUCGCUGUGCUUGUUGGACUGGGUUACCCAGGGGCGAGCGGCAAGGGGGGAGCAUUGGAGUUUUGUGAGAUGGACGGGGAAGAAUGAAGUAUGGAUGGUUGAUGGGGAUGGGUCAGAUGGAGAGAGAUUGCUGGUCAGGGACUCCGUUAUCCUCGACUGCAAGCAGGUACAUUCUCAGAUACCAGCGCUACGGGAUGCGAUGCAUGGCAUGGGCGUCGUCGGGACUCUGAUACUACGGGGCCCACUGAUGAAGCCGUUGGGGGAGUUCUUCCUGGCUGAGUUUGCUGCACUUCCGAGGUUAGGAGCGCGCGAUUGGAGGAGUGAGGAGGCGAAGAAGGCAGAGGAAGAGAAAAUGUCACCGCAUGAGAGAUGGAGGGCGGAAAGGAUCCAAUGUGAGAAGGAGAACAAGCUGCUGUGGUCGGCUGCUAGUGUUAGAGGCUGCGUGGUGGUCAAGUUCGGGUCGCCCGAGGUCGAGGCCAGCCAGCGCUGGCUUGGGUCAAUGUUAGCGAAGGAGGGAAGUAUUGCAAGGCAUUUUGAUGAGCAGGCCAUGAUGUGCCUGAGGUGUCACUGA